CCUGGACUUUUGGAAACGAUCCGUACCAGACCCACCAUGAAUCGGAUCCCACCAUGCAGACAUCGUUCCGGCGUUCAUCGUUCCGGCGUUCGGGUGAAAACCAGUCGCCCCGCGGAGAGACACCGUCCGCGGCGUGGCGCGGGCCAUGUGAGUGGCGACGUGGAUUGGCGCGACGUGGCAUCGGAGCAUGAGUGUGCUGGACACCGUGCAAGAAACGCUCUUCCAGCAAUUCCUGGCCGGCGCCGAUCCCUCCCGCCGCCUCGAGGUCGCGGGAGACGCCUCGUCUGUGUCUUCGCGCGUGGAAGACUUGCCAUGGUGGAAGUACCAGCGGGCGAUUGCACUCUGGUACUGCGAAUGGCUUGAUACCUAUUAUGACAGUGGCGAGCGGCGCUUCUUGUGGCGCGACGAGCUCACGCAGGGCUUCGAGGCGGCCAAUUUGGAGGAGCUCAAGGAGGCCGCGCAGCGCAUGCGCUUGGACUUGCCAGAACACGAGGAGAUCACCGCCGAGCCAUUGACGGGCGAGGCCGCUCCGCCGUGCGAGGCGAGCGAGGUGGAGACGGAGACGCAUGGAGCCUUGGGAGAUGAUGGCGAUUGGCAUGUGGCGGCGCUCGCGGCGGCCGUGGAGGACGAGGACGACCUGGCGUGGCGCCGGGACGAGCUCACGGGGCACUUCACGCACUGGGCGCCGGAGGUGGGUCGACUCUUCUUGUGGCAAGAAGACCCUGGUGUGCUCUACGAGUACCUCCCCGAGAACACUCGGCAGCCCGGAUCCCGCGGCCGCGCGCGCUACGCGGCACGCUGGGCCCUGGCACCCGCACUGGCGCUCACGGCCGCGGACGCCUCGCGCGGAUCCGCGCGGCUGGUGCUGAGCAGCUUGCGCUUGGGAUCGGUGGAAUGCCAGGAGGAGCCCUGCUGGGAAUUGCCUGGAUUGCAACCGGCGCAUGCGCGAGUCUUUCUGCAGGAGAACACCUGGUGGUUGGAGGCGUUGCAUGAGGAUGCAGAGACCCUUUUGAAUGGCCAACGGCUGCAGACCGGUGCCGCGCAGCGGAUCAUGGCGCCCGCGCUGCUGCGGCUGGGCGCUGAGGAGUUCUUCGUGGAUCUGCCUGAGACGCCCGCAGGCGCUGCACCGAGCGCCGAACCGGCUGCGGAGCGUGCAGCUCCGCGUGCGCCGGUCGUGUCGCGCAGCUUCGUGCCGCGGCAAGAGGAUGAGCGCCCACUGCCGCCGCUCACGGGGACAGCGAGAGCCAAAGAGCUCAACCGCGCCCUGCGGCGCUUGGUCUGCGGCGGCGCCGGACAGAUCAACGAGCUCGAUCGGUGCGGCGCCGCCGCGCGCGCGGAGCGCUACGAGGAUCGCGCCGAGAAGCGACGGCGGUUGCAUCCGGUAGAGUGGGAGCCGCCUGCGCCGGGGCCAACCAGUGCGGCGCCGAACAGGGAAGCGGAAGCCUUGCCGUUGCCCGUGCCGGUGCAGGUCCGACGCUUCACAGAGGCGUAACGAGGCGACGCCACAGUCCAUGGAAAGGCGGCCCAACCUUUCUUUGC